AUGGAGAAGGCAGCGGUGCAGUCGGGCUUGUGCAUGCCGCGGAACUUCAGCUGCGUGGCCGGCUUGUACGGCAGCUUGGCCGGGGACUGCGCGGUGCCGGUGCCGGUGCCGGCGCCCGGCGCAGGAGACGCGGAGCUGCCGGAGGGCUGUAAGCGCAAGGGUCAGUGCGAGAAGCCGCGCAGCCGGGAGGGCGGCGGCACCACCACCGGCACCACCACCACCACCACCACCACCAGGGCGCCGAGCCCCGGCCAGAGGAGGAGAGCCAAGUCCUUACCGGCUCCCGGGGACCGGGCGGCCACCGUUUUGACCCGGGCCAGGAGCAAAAAGGUCCGCUUCGCAGACUCGCUGGGCUUGGAGCUGACCACCAUCCGGCACUUCUGCGACGCCGACGUGCCCCAGAUCCCACAGCGGGUGAUGGCCCGGCUGCGGGGCCAGCCGCCCGGCCACCUGCUGAGCAACGAGACGCUGGCCGUGUUCCUGGACGGCCCCGCUCACCUGCUGGAGCCUCUGUUCAGCAACCCGUGCGGCUCGCCGAACUUCCAGCAGCGGGUCCGGCUGGACAGGGUCUGCCUGGAGCGCAUCUCCACCGACCAGUUCAGUAUCCUAGGGGUGGUCCGGGUGUGGAACGUCGCCUACGAGAAGCAGGUGCUGGUCAGGUACACCCUCAACCAGUGGAAAUCCUUCAUGGACAUCGCUGCCUCCCACGCUGCCCACUGGGCGGACAGCCAGACCGACACCUUCUCCUUCAAGCUGGUGGCCCCCGUUUUCCUGGACACGGGCGGCACCCUCCAGUUCGCCAUCCGCUACCUGGUGGCGGGCCAGGAGUACUGGGACAACAACAGGGGCUCCGACUACCAGGUGCGAAGCCACAAGUUCAAAAUCUCCCCGCCCAAGGAGUGGGAAAACGGUUGGAUCCACUUCAUCUGAGAGAGGGGCAAGGAAAUGCUGCUAUCCCCACCAGGACAUGUCUCACAGACCCAGGGUGUCCUUUGUGUCUCCAUUGCAAUGAAAAAGAAACAAAAUGUGAGGCUCGGUUUUCUUUCCCCUGUUUAAACUGUUAUCACUUUAAAAAAAAACGGGCAUUCUGAUUCGUUCAUCUAAGCAAGAAGUAUCUAUGUUUCUAUUUAGGGAAAGUUGGUCACAGUUAUUUUUUAAGUCCAGAAGUUGACUUGAGUUUUGGUUUUGACUAGGGAUGCCUGAUGUUUACUUGACCUGGUUUACAUCAAUAGCAGCACAAUAAACCUAUGCAAAGACAGAAGGAAUGAUGUGUGAUCACAUCCAACACAGCCAUAGAUAGACGGAGAUAGGUGAAGCUUCUGUUUCCGAGGCCAUUUUAGACAAGAGUAAUUUUUUUAACCUUUUUAAUGCACUUUGCGGUUCCAAAAUGGCACUUUCUAUAGAUUGCAUCGUACAGCAACUAGUGUAGCUCAUUCUUAAGGCCUAAAAAGUAUCCUAGCGUAUUAAAACCUUUUCUUGACUUCUGCGAGCGUGCUGUAAGUCAUGUCAAAACAUUCCUUGGUGCCACUUCCUCUAACUCUCACCCUUUCCCACUGGCUGGCACUAUUGAAAGGAGGUGACCUGAAUAACCUUUCAGUCUUGAGAAGGGCGUUGACAAUAGAGGCAAGUUUCUUAUAAUGACCUUUAGGUAGUCAGGAAAAAGGGAAGUGGAGUCAAAUAGAGAUGUAGUAUAGAGAUAUAGUGUUACAGACUUGUGAAGUAAGCUUCCAGAGAGUACAGUUGAAGUGAAAAGGGUCGCCCUGAUGUAUUUCUUAGUCAGAGAACUGAUUAAAAUCUGGCAAAAUGAAAGUUAGGCAUUCUGAUCAAAGUUCUGGAUUUUUCUAGUUUUAUAGAAAUGGUAUUAUAAAGGAUAUAACAGACUAUAUUAAGAGU